AUGGCUUCAGAUGUCGAUCAGCAAGCAUGGGAGUGUCGUGAUAAGGAUGACCAGGCCAGAACAGGCUACAAUAGUCCACUGCGCAGCACCAACAGGCUUCUAGCGGAAGAAAAUAUGAGAUUGAAAAAGCUCCUGCGAGAAAAUGGAAUUGCAUGGUCGCCUGUAGCGCAAGCACAUCUAAACAGCUCUCGCUCAACGAAGCGGCACACCCGAUCCUCUAUGACAUCAAAAGAUCUCGGGCGUCCGCAGUUCCCGAUGGAGAUCAUUCUAAAGAUACUGAAAUUCGCUUUGACAAGCCAAUAUCCGAUUAUUGAUCCUCUUUCAUUCCUCACAUCAGCCAACCUGACCGACAAGGAAAAAUCGCGCGGCAAUCAAGUCGCCAUUCACUUCUUGGCCACCUGCAAAGCUUUGCGGGUCGAGGGCCUGCGAAUCUUUUGGACAUCCAAUGACUUCGUUUUCACAACGCCCCAAGCCGUGCGCCAAUUUGCCGAGCUUGACUCUCGGUACAGAACACCAAUCACUCAUGUCACAUUUCGCGUUAUUGCCAAGUACUAUGAUGAUAACCCAAAUCGCAAGCACUCGCUAGAGAGCACAUACCACCACUCCAUGUCGAGACAGAGCAAGCUCAAAGUCCAUGUACGGCCUAGAGAAACCCCUCUCGUCCGGGGUGGCCUGCGAUCAUACGCAUGGACGCAAAUCGUGGAUUUCUUACAUGGCCUACGUGCACCCUACGAUCCUAAGAUGCACCAUAAAGAAGUACCAAGACCCAAGUUGCUCCCAAGCCUUAGCUCUCUGCGACUUGACCUUGUCAACUUUUCAGACAGUCUCCUCCCCUUCUCUGGCUCCGAAUUUCACGAUGCCACAUCUCAUGAGUUCGGCUGUUCCUUGAACGAGAUUCAGAUCACCGGUAUGCCGGCGGCCGCGUCUGGACUAAAAGCCGCAGCCGAGCUUAGCGGUCUACUCAAAGAUGAGGGGCUUUAUCUUGAGGGCGAUGCAGCAUUUCAUGCAGUUUGCAACAGAUCACUCAGAUCACUUCCCGGUGAAGAAUGGAACCUAAGCCGAGUAGUCCGGGCCUACGACGAAGAUGAUGAGGACAUUUGGUCUGAUCUUGAGAGCCAAGAUGAUUUCUUCAUGCAUCAUAAUCAUACCAAGAUUGGCAUAAUGCCUGCUGCUCCGCCUGAGCAUGGGCACCCUAAGUCUACAAGACACGAGGACUCGGUUAUUUGGAAGCGAGUCCCAAUUUCACGUGAUUCUAAGGUUCGUGACUGGGUUCAAUUUUGUCGAUACGGUGGCCAAGAGGUCAAGGAUCACCAGUCGACCUCAGACGAGGACGUCUAUUGCCCGAACUGUGGAGAAAUGCAUCCAGCCUCGGUGUUGAGCGAUUCGGAUGAGGAUUGA